CAUCGGGCUGACACACAGCAGAGAGCCACACAGGUAGCUAGCAGCAGUGCCGUAGGCUCCCGCUAGUCUACCUAGCAACACUUCCCAUUACCCAGCUUUAGUGUGUGUGUGGAGCCUCGGUGAAUCCAGCCCACAUCCUCAUAUCCUGCUCAGGUCACCUUUAGCGCGCGCCUACCGGCAUUUUCUCCCGUCUCCGAAGAUGAUACCUGGCAAACGAAGAGCUGCAGUCAUGUCCUUCUCGCUGGCGAUGAUCGGAGCCCUGCUGCUGCAGACCGUGUCUUCUCAGAAUGCGGGCUUUGUGAGAUCACCUUUUUCUGAGACUAAGCUCACGGGCGACGCCUUUGAGCUGUACUGUGACGUGGUGGGAAACCCCACCCCCGAAAUCCAGUGGUGGUACUCUGAGAUCAACCGGGCCGAUUCCUUCAGGCAGCUUUGGGACGGCGCCCGUAAGCGGCGAGUCUCCAUCAACACGGCCUACGGCUCCAACGCCGUGAGCUUGUUGGGGGUCUCGCGUCUCACGGUGGACGAUGUUGGGACCUAUGAGUGCAGAGCCAGCAAUGACCCGCGCCGUAAUGACCUGCACCAAAAUCCAGCCACCACCUGGAUCCGUGCGCAGGCCUCUAUAACGGUGCUGCAGAAGCCGUCGAUCGCCUCCUCUGAUCACACCUCACUUCCUGUGGAAGGCGACUCUUACCUGCUGCAGUGUAACCUGACCAGCGCUCACAGCGUCCACCAGGAGAGCUACUGGAUGAAGAACGGGGAGGAGAUCGCAGAAACACGCAGCCCCAAUAGGAACACUGAAUAUUUCCUGAAGAAGCCGAGAGGAGACGCCGCAGGAGUGUACAUGUGUGUCUACACCUUCGAGACGGCUCCUCCAGCAAACGCCACCAUAGAAGUAAAAUCUGCUCCUGACAUUAUAGGCCACAAGCGUAGUGAGAAUAAGAACGAGGGCCAGGUCGCUGUGCUCUACUGUAAGUCUACCGGAUAUCCUUAUCCUAUCUGGAACUGGCGCAAAUUCGACAAUGGCUUUCCCAGGGAAAUUGACAACUCAAGCGGGCGCUUCACCAUCAGCAGCAGAGACAACUACACCGAGCUCCACAUCGCCAACCUGGACAUUGACUUGGAUCCGGGCGAGUAUCACUGCAACGCCACCAACAUGCUGGGCACCCGCGACGAGAAGAUCGUGCUGAGGGUCCGCAGCAACCUGGCCCCCUUAUGGCCUCUCCUGGGGGUUUUGGCCGAGAUCAUCAUCCUGAUCGUCAUCAUCGUCGUUUAUGAGAAGCGCAAGAAGCCCGAUGAUUUACAAGACGAUGAUGACCAUGCAGGUCCAGUGAAAACUAAUUCGACCAACAACCACAAAGACAAGAAUCUCCGCCAGAGGAAUACAAACUGAGCAGCCUGUCUGCCGAGUUUCAUUUCACAAAUGUAUUGACCAUAUGAAAGUAAACAAGAAGGGUAUCCAUACCAGUUGUUAAUCAAAUGUAUCUGCCAUUACAAGUAUGGAGAGUUCAAUGAGGCAUGCCUUAUGAUUUUAUUGUGUGAGGAUGCGAAAAUUGAAUUGUUAACAAUAUAACAUUGUUGCUGCAUGCGGUUGUUGACGUUUAUGAUUUGUUUCCCCCUCCUAUCCACUAAUUUUACAUUUGUAAUACUUCUAAAAAUAAUGCAUGCAAGAUGUUGACCUUCUGUUUGAUACAGAAAUGGCUUUUUGUUUUGCUUUUUUCUCUGAGAGUGGCUUUAUUUAGAUGAUCUGUACUGUGUGUUGUAGAGGAAAACAAAACUUGGCAAUGUAAAAGAAAAUGCCACCAUAUUCUGGUAUGACAGUUGUGUACAGUUUUAUCAUUCCACUGCAUACCGUUUUACCUGAAGAUAUCUAUUGCAUUUUAAGGGCUUCGCAAUGUCCCUCUAAAUGUUAUUAAGAGUUACUUUACUGUAUGUACUGUAUGUAUUAAAUCACUAUAACUAUGUAUCAAAAUACCAUUUAAUAUAUAAAGACAAAUUAUAUGAUGCACUUAAAUAUUGAGGAUAAUGAAAAACUGUAUAAACAACCUUUAGGAAAUCUGUACUAAUCAUCCUAACAUUGUUUUAUAAUUAUGUGUAAAGCAUGGCUAUUAUCCUAUGCCAUUAUUAUCCAUAUCAAUAUGUGUUGAAAAAUCAUUGCAGCUUUUGAUUUCUCUGUGACAAAGCUUUAAACUAGUAGGAUCACCUUAGAGCGCUGAAGGCAAACCGCACAGCAGCAUGAAUACUUUACAGCUGACGUGGGAGGAGGCGGAGAAAGAAACAUGCGUCAGCACCGACACGUGAAAAAUCCCAAGGUCCCCAACUCAUUUUUAAGAAUAAAUAUCUCAAAAAACAAA